AUGUGUAGAUGCUUAUGUUGGUCGUGGUGCUGCAUCUGCAGUUUGGAAAAAUCUGGAAAUAUUCGAGAAGCUGAGGAGAAAUUUACUCGAGUUUUGGAACUUCAACCUGGACAUUUUCAUGCUGUAGAUUUUUUUCAAAGAAUGAAUAUUUCUGAUAAUUCGAGAAAAAGGCCUUCUGAUGUUAUAGAACUUGAUGAAGACGAAGAGGAUUUGAAAAAAGGAAAAACAAAUGGAUUUAACAAUAAUAAAAAUCCGAGUGACGAUAAGAAUAAAAAGGCUGAUUCUUCAAUGAGCGAGGAGGAGGCAAAACAAAAUCGUAUUAAAUUGAAAGAAAUGGAAGAAUUUAUAAGAAAAUUGAAAAGCAGAAAAUGA